UCUAAAAAAUCGAAUAUACACUGGCUCAAACGUGGUGUGCUGAGAUUGUUCCAGUAGGCUUCGAAUUUUUAAGCAUUUAUCGGGUGUUUAUUUGCUGCACGUUUUAGUGCACUGUCAUUGGCAUUUAAUAAUUUUAACUGGACAUUUGGAAUCUUAUUAAACAGGACAUAAAACAAAAUGCUGCGUUUAUCGCUCAGACUCGCUCGUUCCAACAUUCACCGCCAAUUAAUGAUCCGCGGGUUUGCCAAGGAUGUUAAAUUUGGACCAGAAGUGCGUGCACUUAUGUUGCAAGGUGUGGAUGUUUUGGCUGAUGCUGUAGCAGUUACUAUGGGUCCAAAAGGUCGAAAUGUUAUCAUUGAGCAAUCAUGGGGUUCACCAAAAAUUACUAAGGAUGGUGUAACCGUUGCUAAAUCAAUCGAGUUGAAAGAUAAAUUCCAAAAUAUUGGCGCAAAACUUGUUCAAGAUGUGGCCAAUAACACAAAUGAGGAGGCUGGUGACGGCACAACUACAGCUACCGUAUUAGCACGUGCAAUUGCGAAGGAAGGAUUUGAAAAAAUUUCAAAAGGUGCUAAUCCUGUCGAAAUUCGUCGGGGUGUUAUGCUAGCUGUGGAUACCGUAAAAGAACAUUUAAAAACAAUGUCUCGCCCAGUUAAUACCCCCGAAGAGAUCGCGCAAGUAGCAACCAUAUCUGCUAAUGGAGACAAAGAUGUAGGAAAUCUCAUUAGUGAAGCAAUGAAGAAAGUUGGCCGGGACGGCGUUAUCACCGUCAAAGAUGGCAAAACCCUUUCAGAUGAACUGGAAAUAAUUGAAGGAAUGAAAUUCGAUAGAGGAUAUAUUUCUCCAUAUUUCAUCAAUUCAUCUAAGGGAGCUAAGGUGGAAUUCCAGGACGCGUUACUUCUUUUAUCAGAAAAGAAAAUUUCGUCAGUGCAGAGCAUUAUUCCUGCCCUUGAAUUAGCUAAUUCACAACGUAAGCCAUUGGUUAUAAUUGCUGAAGAUAUCGAUGGCGAAGCACUAAGUACACUUGUUGUAAAUCGCCUUAAGAUCGGUUUGCAAGUCGCAGCCGUUAAAGCACCAGGAUUCGGUGAUAACCGUAAGUCUACACUUACUGAUAUGGCUAUAGCAUCAGGUGGAAUUGUUUUUGGUGAUGACGCUAAUUUGGUUAAGUUAGAAGAUGUGCAAAUAAACGACCUUGGAAAAGUUGGAGAGGUUGUUAUAACCAAAGAUGAUACUUUACUACUCAAAGGAAAGGGCAAAAAAGAGGAUAUUAGUCGUCGUGUCGAUCAAAUUAAAGAUCAAAUAAUUGAAACAACCUCUGAAUAUGAAAAAGAAAAACUACAGGAGCGCUUAGCCCGUUUGGCUUCUGGUGUAGCAUUGCUACGUGUAGGCGGAUCCAGUGAGGUCGAAGUAAACGAAAAGAAAGAUCGUGUGAAUGAUGCUCUUAAUGCAACUCGCGCGGCAGUAGAAGAAGGAAUAGUCCCUGGUGGCGGCACUGCGCUCCUAAGAUGUAUCCCAGUACUAGAAGGACUGAAGGGAUCUAACGAAGAUCAAGAUCUGGGAAUCGAAAUUGUUCGCCGUGCCCUUAGGAUGCCUUGCAUGACUAUCGCCAAAAAUGCUGGCGUUGAUGGUGCUAUGGUUGUAGCUAGGGUUGAAACGAAAGAUGGAGACUUCGGUUAUGAUGCAUUAAAGGCAGAAUAUGGAAAUUUGAUCGAGAAGGGUAUUAUUGACCCAACCAAGGUGGUGCGCACAGCAAUAACGGAUGCUUCAGGCGUGGCUUCACUUCUCACUACAGCCGAAGCUGUUGUAACUGAAAUACCUAAAGAAGAUUCUGGCCCAGGUCUCGGUGGAAUGGGAGGCAUGGGUGGAAUGGGAGGAAUGGGCGGAAUGGGGGGGAUGAUGUAAAAUAUCUGCUAUGUUAAUUAUUCCAUUGUUAAAUAUAUUACAAUUUUACAUAUUAUAUAUGUAAAAUAUUGAGGUACAUUUAGUAGUUAUUAAACGGACAAAUUAUAAAUUAUAUUCAUCGUA